UGGCGUGGAUCGGCCCCGCACCCUCCGGGCCACCCACGAGAGUCAGAAGGGCGGGCAGUGGCCACUCGGGUCUCGCCGUGGGAAGAUGCCAAGCGCUCAGUACAGUGCUCUGCACAUAGUAAGCGCUCAAUAAAUACGAUUGAUGAUGAUGAUGAUUGCGGGGAAGCGUGCCGCCCCCGUCCCCGGCUCCGCACCCCAUCCUCCGCCCCCGCCUUGGAUACCGAGCUCCCAGCGUUCAACCCAUCUCCAAGCGCGCUUGGGUCCAGGCUCCUCCGGUCGGUUGCCGUGUCUCCGGUUCCAGCGGCGGGCCAUGAGCCGCUUCCCGCCUCGCCCCCGCUGGGCCCGGCUCGUCUCGUGGGGCGCCCUCGUCCUGGGGCUCGUCGCCGGGCUCGGGACGGAGAGGGAGCCGUACUGGGCCGAUCUGCAGCCUCGGGCGGCGUUGGUGGAGCGCGGCGGGGCCCUGUGGCUCAACUGCAGCACCAACUGCCCGCGGCCCAAGCGCGGAGGGCUGGACACUUCCCUGCGGCGGGCCCGGGGGCAGCGGGGGCCGCGCUGGCUCUCCCGCGAACUCGUGGACAUCCGAGAGCCCGAGAGCCGCCCGGUCUGCUUCUUCCACUGUGGCCCCCGCGUGCUGCAGGCCCGGGCCCUCAUCCGCACCUUCCUGCCCCCAGAGCAAGUGGAGCUGACCCCACCGCCAGCCUGGGUGCCCGUUGGCGAGAACUACACCGUGGACUGCCGGGUCCCGGAGGCAAUGCCCCUGGAGAACCUCACAGUGGCAUUGCUCCAGGGCAGCCGGGAGCUGGGGCGCCAGGGCUUCCCCGGGAAGCCGCCGGGCACCCAAAACGCCACCGCCACGUUCACGGUCCUGGCUCGCAGGGAGGACCAUGGGACCAACGUGUCCUGCCAGGCCGAACUGGACCUGCGGAGGCUUGGGCUGGACCUCUUCCGUGGUCGCUCGGCCUCCGCGCGGCUUCGUACCUUCCAAUUCAAGCGACUCCCGUGGUUCAGCUCCUCUGCACUCAGUGACUCCUGGCUCCUGGAGGUCGGGGCUGCGACAUCCGUGAGCUGCGAGGCCGAGGUGUUCCCGGCCGGGGAAGCCCAGGUCCACUUGUCCCUGGGGGGCCAGGAGCGGAACCCCACAGUCACCCAGCACGGAGACCGGCUCACGGCUGAGGCCACGGUUCAGGCUGCGGAGGGGCCCGAGCGGGAGCUGGACCUGAACUGCACCGUGGCCGUGGGGAGCGAGAGCCGAACAGCCCGCAAGACCUUGACUUUUUACAACUUCCCCCCUCCCGAGCUGACUCUUAGCGAGCGCAGCCCCGUGGAGAAGACCCCCGUGAAUGUGAGCUGUAGGGCCCGGCCCGGCGCCUCAGUGAAACUGGAGGGGCAACCAGAGCAGCCCCCUGGACAGCCUGCCCAUCUUCAGCUGAUCGCCCGGGAGGAGGACGACGGGCGCCUGUUGUCCUGUGAGGCCACUUUGUCGCUGAAAUCUGUGCAGCUCGUCAAGCGCCAGAUCGUCCAGCUCCAUGUCCUCCAUGGACCGCGGAUGAAUGCCUCGGACUGUCCGGGGAACUGGACGUGGCUGGAGGGGACGGAGCAGGUUCUACGUUGCCGGGCCCGGGGGAACCCGCCCCCGACUGUGCAGUGUGUCCACGCUGGGAUCGAGGGCCCGUUCCUCCCCGAGACCCCGCUGCGGGUCACCCGAGCCCACGCCGGCACCUACCGCUGCACAGCCAGCAGUCAUCUGGGCACCGAGGCCAGGGACGUGGUCGUGACCGUGGACUCCCCUCCUGUCUCCAGCCCCCAACCCAAUGUCAUGGGCGUCCAUUAUUGCAACGCGACCAACCAGCAUGGGUCCGUGGGCAGGACCUUCACCGGCAGUGCCGAGCCCCCACCGUGGAUGGACGAGUCCAGCUGCCCCAGCCACCAGACGUGGCUGGAGGGGGCGCGUGGGCCGGCGUUGACCUGCGGGGCGUGGGGUAGCCCACCCCCUCGGGUCCAGUGUGCCCGGGACGGUGAUCUGAAGCGGCUGGAGGGUCUGGAGGAUCCAGAAUGGCUGGAGAGGGGUCGUAGCGUGUCUAGGGAAGAUGCCGGUACCUACCGCUGCGAGGCCACGAACGCACGUGGCUCGGACGCCAGGACGGUCACUGUAGGGGUGGAGUACAAGCCAGUGGUGGCGUUGCUGGCGGCCACCCCCACGGGCAGAGUGGAGCCUGGGGGCAACUUCACAUUGACGUGCCGCGCCGAUGGGUCCCCACCUGCCCAACUAAGCUGGCACACCCCGCCGGGGGCCAGAGGCUCCAGCCUCUCCUUGUCCGGGGACAACGGGACCCUGAGCGUGGCUGGGGCUCACAGUCGCCACGGAGGUGUCUAUGAGUGCAUGGCUACAAAUGCCCACGGCCACCACGUGCGGCGCAUCACCGUGCGAGUGGCUGGACCAUGGCCAUGGGUUGCUGGGGGCGGGGCAGCGGGAGGUGCAGCCCUGCUGGCUGGCCUGGCUGCCCUAGUCUGGUACAUCAAGUCGGCGGCCUGCAAGACGGGGGAGUACAGCGUGCAGGAGGCCGAGAGCGCCGGCCAGGCCGUGGGGGCGGGGACUGAGGCAGGGGACGAGAUCUACGCCAUCCAGCUCACUGCCAAGUGAGAGAGAGGGUCGGCCGGCCGCGGAUCCUUACCCUUCACCAGAACUUCGGUUCAUUUCUUCGUUUCACCGUUUGGUCAUUUCUAUUCCAUCCAGGGAAGGGGAGGGGGCGGAGAGGACCCUCGCCUCACCCUCAUCUGUCUGUGAACCUUGAGCAACCACUCCAGUGAAAGACUUUUCAUAAUAAACAAGACUAGAGCCUCUGA